AUGGAGGCGGACCGCGACAAGCGCAUGCUGGAGCGCGAGGUGCUGCGCAACAUGAUCCAGCAGUGGAACGCGAACAGGCUAGACCUCUUCGAGCUCAGCGAACCCAACGAGAACUUGGAGUUUCACGGAGUGAUGAGAUUCUACUUUCAAGACUCGGGUCAGAAGAUCGCUACAAAAUGCAUUCGAGUCGCCUCUGAUGCGACAGUCAGCGAUGUGAUAGAGACGCUGAUCGAGAAGUUCCGUCCGGACAUGAGGAUGCUGUCGCUGGGCUCGUACUCGCUGUGGGAGACCCACGGGCCGGACUACGAGCGUCGCCUGGAGCCCCACGAGAAGCCACUCCUCGUCCAGCUCAAUUGGCACACGGACGACCGCGAGGGUCGAUUCCUCCUCAAGUGCCUCACCAAUAACGAGGUUCCUCUGUCGUCCGUGAUAGAGAAAUCAGAUCAGAACUUUAAAAGGAAACUCUCGAAACGGGAGAAGAAGGAACUGAAAAAGAAGGAGAAGCUUUCAAGGUUGAAAUCUGACACCAACGACGAAAACAGACCGAUCGCUGAAAAACUUUAUACAGAGUUGCCGGAGACGUCGUUCACUCGCAGCAUCAGCAAUCCCGAGGCGGUGAUGAGGCGCCGCCGCCAGCAGAAGCUCGAGAGGAAGCUGCAGCAGUUCCGCUCCAAGGACGGCGGACCCGACACUGGCGGCACCCUGAAGAUCUACGGGUCCUCCCUGUGCCCGGACGUGCCGUACAAGACACUGCUGCUGUCGGUGGGCGACACGGCGGCCGCGGUGGUGCGCGAGAUGCUGGACAAGUACGGCCUGGCGCGCCACGAGCCGCACCACUACUGCAUCGUUCAGGUCGAUGCGGCGGACAAUUCCGAGUACAUACUCGAAGACGACGAAUGCCCGCUCGCCAUCGUGAUGACGCACCCGCACCGCAGUGAG